CCGAGCUCCUGCCGAGCUCCAAGGCGGAAUCCCAGCUCCCGCCUAGCUCCCGGCCGGGAGCUCCUAGCUCCCGCUUAGCUCCCAGCUCCUGCCUAACCCCCCAGUUGGGAAAAAAGCUCCUGCCUAGAUCCCAGUCGGGAAAACAGCUCCUGCCUAGCUCCCGGCCGGGAAUCCAGCCCCUGCUUAAACUCCCAGACAACUCCCACCUCCCGCUUAGCUCCCAAUUUGGGAAUCCAGCCCCUGCCUAGCUCCCAGACAACUCCCAGCUCCCGCUUAGUUCCCAGCCGGGAAUCCAGCCCCUGCCUAACUCCCAGACAACUCCCACCUCCUGCUUAGCUCCCAGCCGGGGAAACCAGCCCCUGCCUAGCUCCCAGACAACUCCCAGCUCCCGCUUAGCUCCCAGCCGGAAUUUCCUAGCUCCUGCCUAGCUCCAAUCCGGAAUCCCAGCUGCUGCCUAGUUCCCAGGCGGGAUCCCAGCUCCCAGCACGCUUCCAGCCUCUAGUAUACCUCUGCCUCUGCUGCUAUUGCGUUUCCAGCAACCUGGCUCUCCGGGCAGAGGAAAGACACACUUCACUUGACUCCUUUUCACAGCGCGCGUGUGUCGGGACACAACUUUUCGGAAGCAACCGAUCCAUCUGAACGUUGCAUCAGAGGAGGUCCCUGGAGCAAGAGGAUCUAAGAUGUCCAGGACGUUGUUUCAGCAAUGGAGCUUCGCGAUCUUUCUGCUGAGUUAUUCCGUCCCCACCGCCGGUAGACCCGUGGAGGGAAUCAGCCGCAGAUUCAAAAGAGCCGUCUCGGAACAUCAGCUUCUCCAUGACAAGGGGAAGUCCAUUCAAGAUCUACGACGACGAAUUUUUCUUCAGAAUCUGAUCGAAGGCGUCAACACCGCGGAGAUUCGAGCUACUUCGGAGGUGUCCCCAAACCCCAAGCCCGCCACCAACACCAAGAACUACCCAGUCCGAUUUGGAAAUGAGGAAGAGGGCAAGUGCCUGACUCAGGAGACAAACAAAGCCCAGACCUACAAAGAACAGCCCUUGAAGACGCCGGGGAAGAAGAAGAAAAACAAGCCUGGGAAACGCAAGGAACAGGAGAAGAAAAAGCGGCGAACUCGAUCGGCCUGGUUAAGCUCCAGAGUCGCUGGUAGUGGGGUGGAAGGCGCUCCUCUCUCGGACAUCUUGGGGAGUGUGCGAGACCGCAACUCACGGAGGCAUUGACAUUUCAGCCGACAUCUUCCGUAAACACGUUGCAGUAUUCUGUAAUAGUGAACAGAUGGAAAGUAUUAGAAAUAUUUAUUGUCUGUAAAUAGUGUAAAUCCAUUGGAAUAAACCUUCUCCCUCAUUGCUCUAUGAAACUGCACAUUGGUCAUUGUGAAUAUUUUUUUUUUGCCAAGGCUAAGCCAAUUAUUAUUAUCACAUCUACUAUAAUUUAUUUUGUUGAAUGAUGUAUUUAUUUUGUAAAUGUAUCUUGGUGCUGCUGACUUUCUAUAUUUGUUGUAACAUUAUGCACUUUAGAUAUACAUAUCAAGUACGUCGAUAACUGACUCAAUAAAGUGUCCUUAUUUUGUGGAUGAUUUUAAUAAAUGCAUAAGUACAAUUUUCAAACUGAUUUUCCUCUGCAUGUAAAAAUAGCAGUAUUUUAAAUUUGUAAAGAAUGUCUAAUAAAAUAUAAUCUAAUUACA